AUGCCGAAAAGGGGAGUCAGGCACCCUAACUUUGCAUCAGAGAUCCAGUAUCCCAAUUCUGCUCCAGAAGUCUGGCAUCUCAACUCUGCCACAGAACUUUGGCAUUUCAAUUCUGCUCCAGAGGUCUGGCAGACUGGCACCCUAACUCUGCUCCAGAGAUCUGGCACCCUGACUGUUUUCCAGAGGUCUGACACCCAGACUCAGCUCCAGAGGUCCAGCUCCCUGACUCUUCUCCAUAGGUCCAGUACCCCAACUCUGCUCCAUAGGUUCGGCACCCUGACUGUGCUCCACAAUUUCAGUACCCCAAAUCUGCUCAAUAGGUCGGGCACCCUGACUGUGCUCCAGAAGUCUAGUACCAUGACUUUCUCCAGAGGUCUGGCACCUGACUGUGCUCCACAGGUGCAGCAUUCUGAUUCUGCUCCAGAGGUGCGGCACCCUGAUUCUGCUCCAGACGUCCGGCAUCGUAAUUCUGCUGUAAAGGUUUGGCACCUUGACACCAAGCCUCCAGGCUUGAAGUUUGUGUACAUGAAAGGAUGCAUGGGAAGGGGAGAAUACAAGAGCCACACUCUCAUUGAAAUGACUUCUUACAUCGUUUUCUUGCUGCUCAUAUUAAUCCGACUGAGUGCAUCUAAUGGCAACUGUGGUUUCAAUGAUUUAGUACAAUACCUGAGAAAUGACACAACUGUCCCGAAAUCUGAUGUUCGACCUGUUCUAGACUGGAGAACUCCAACGUUAGUGAACAUUGAUCUGGCCCUGUACUCAAUCAUCAGCUUAGACACAAGCCUUCAAUCCUUAACAACAUACAUAUGGUUUUUAAUGGAAUGGAAAAAUGAGUUUUUAACCUGGGAACCCAAUGACUUUUGCGGCAUUAAAAACGUUUCAAUUACUGGCACUGACCUUUGGAGGCCAGAUCUCUACAUUUAUGAAAUGACAGAGGGAGAUAAUAACUCUCCGGUGAUCCCAUACUUUAUUGUCUUUAGCAAUGGUGAAAUAAGCAACUCAAAACCAUCACGGAUUGUCAGUACCUGUAAUCUGGAUGUUUAUAAAUUCCCAUUUGACACACAGACAUGCUAUUUAACUUUUGGACCCUAUGUACACUCCGUUAAAGAUAUAAUUAUGGUGCCAAAGCUAAACUCUUCUCAAGUUAAUAAAAACUCACAAAGCAUUUUUGUUAGCAAGGGGGACUGGACCUUGUUAGACAUUAGUGUAACCAACAAUACAAUGUGGGAUGGAGAUGUUGGAUACAGUGGAGUGAUUUACAAGAUGGUUAUAAAAAGAGCUCCUAUCGUCUAUGUCAUUAACAUCAUUGUUCCGGCAUGUUUCUUGGUUAUCCUGGAUAUUGUCAGUAUGUUCAUUGAGAUGGGGACUGGAGAGAGACUUGGCUUCAAAAUAACAGUGGUUUUGGGGUUCUCUGUCCUCCUGCUCAUUCUGAACAACAUUCAACCAACUUCAGACAAUCCACCAAUUCUAGGUAUAUUUUGCUGUGUAUGCCUCGCCAUCAUGGUCAUAAGUAUAAUAGGUUGCAUUGCCACUUCCUAUAUGAUGACGCUAUCUGCAACUAGACCGAAUGUCCCACCAUGGAUAAAGAUCUGGGUCAUAAAACGUCUAGCCCAUGUCCUGUGCUUCAAAACAAAGUCCAUAAUUCAAGGGAUCCCAAUCAGUGAAGCUGGAAGGGAUGAUGGUGAUGGCAAGACAGUAGACAAAAACUCAGCUGCUCGGGAAAAGAAAAAGAUUAAAGGAACAACUGAAGUGAAACUCUUAAAAAAACUGCUUGCUGAAAUUCUGCAAAUGCAUAAGGAACUCAUCCAAUCUAAAGAUAAAGACGAAGCCAAAUCAGAGUGGUAUAUCGCAGCCACAGUGGUGGACAGGCUCGUCCUCAUUCUUUAUCUCAUUAUUGUCACAGUUAUGUUUGCAGUUGUUAUCAGCGUCUGG